AGCAAAACGCCCAAGGUUGCACGGGCGCUCCCUCCGGCGGGACGGCUCGGCGGUCUUCUCGUAAACCACUCCCGUACGAUUUCACUCCCUGGGGAAUGAGCGCGGCAAUAAUGGCGCACGGGGAGGGGAAUCGAGGUGGAGGAACGGCGCCGAACCCUCUGCUCUCCCCUUGUUGUGGUUCGUUAAAUACCGUCGGGGUGGGAUGGUAGGAGGCGUAUUCCCCUCCCCGUUCUUCCCCGCGGCUGCCGUCGGCCGGAGCUUCCGCCUGUCGAGUGUCGACGAGUCGUGCUCAGCGCCGGCUACCUGUUCGACGAGAUGCGCAAGAAGGCUGCUGGCACCGGCGAGGAUCCCUUCCGCGUCCUCCCCGACGACCUGCUCGAGCAUAUCCUAUCCUUCCUGCCGGAGGAUGAUGCCCUGCAGACCUGCGUGCUCGACACCCAGUGGCGCGACCUCUGGAGGCGCAAAACCAGCCUGCACUUCAUGUUUGAGGACUGGUCAAGUUUCAGCCGCGAGCGUUUCACUCAGUUGGUGAAGCUGAUAAUCCAACUCAGGGGGGAGGCAUCUCUGACCGACUGCCAGAUUGAUCCCUGCAGUGGCGAGUACUAUAUCAAUUUCACCGAAGCCGAGCCGUUGAUUGAGUACGUUCUAAAGUGCCGGGUUGAGAAGCUCUCUAUUUGUGCUGGUGACAUUUGGUACGAAGGCAUACUACUGGAUGAGCGUUUCAUCUCCCGCCACUUGAGGACCAUAGAAUUUGGAGGAGUUGACCUCCUGGGUUACUCACUAGAUUUCUCGGCCUGCCCAGCAUUAGAGGAACUAAAAAUAAAAGGUUGCAACAUUGACCCAUGGGCAAUAUGUUCUGAAUCACUAAAGCAUCUGUGGAUCGGGGAUUGUGUCCUUUCUGAGGAAAUCCACAUUCCUAUUGCUGCCCCGCGCCUUAUUUCACUGGAACUAAGUAGUUUUCAGUGCUUGACUCCUUCCCUUGAAGCGAUUCCAUUACUGGAAAAAGCAUCUAUUUUGCUUGCGAGUUGGUGCUACGAUGUCUGUCAAAGUGUCGAGGAGGAUUUUAGUAAGAGAAAAGUAAGAGUUGAAUGCGGAUGUGCUAACGAGAAGUGUCUGCUUCUCAACGGAUUGUCCAAUGCUGUUGAAUUGAAAUUGAUUGCGGUGCCAAAAUUGCUUAUCUUCAAACGGGAUUUGGAAUGGUGCCCUAAAUUUGACAGAUUAAAGACUCUCACGCUCAAUGAGUGGUUUACGGCUACUGACCUAUUUUGCAUUCUCAAAAACUCUCCAAUCCUUGAGAAGCUCAAUCUUCAGCUUGGCAACACUAAGAAUUUUGUAGGAGCAACGGGAUCCAAACAAUCGUUCGCGUGUGCGUCCAUUUUGGCUGUCAACAUUGAAUGCAGAAGAGUUGAUGAGGGCGUUCGCAAAAUUUUGGAGGUCUUGAGUACAUGUGGCAUACUUCGUGAGCAGAUUAGCCUCAAGUGCCGAGAUCGCACUUAGAUUAUAAGUUACCUCCAUCCACAUUUGGUGUCCAUUAUCAGUUAUAAUCUUCCAUCCAGUAAUUAAGACAAAGAUGUGAGCUCGGUCAUGAUGUUUGUCUGAAGAUUUAUGUUUCUCUAAAGAGUCCUGAUGGUGGCCAUGUUUUGGCGGUUAGCCUGUUACCGUGAUGUUCAGUUUCUCCUUCCCAUGUUUGGACUCCGCUGGAAAUCUGUCGUUGUGGUUUCUUUCUUUCGUGCAGCUUUAGCAGAACGGUCUAAACUUUGUUGAAUUGGGAAUGUGAGACUUAGCAAAAUGAUGUCUGUCAUAACAUUGCUAUGUUUUUUUAUUGUUUGUUGGUAAGCGCAUUGAUAUGUUUGCAUCGU